AUAGUUGUGCCAGUGACAGUAGCAGAAUUGGUAUGGUAUACUACAACACUACCAAUACGAAGCUAAAAUGGCAAAACGUCGGGGAUAUCACUUUGCCCUAUUAGUUUAUUUUUUAAUGUGCACAGCCCAGGAGCUUGCAGCUAGUAGGGCGGGCUAUGAGUAUAUAGUGGAAGCGGACGCGUGGCUACGCCUGCAUAUCGUGCCCGCCACUUGGUCGGACGCUCGUCUGCGCUGUCAUCUUGAAGGUGGUGUCCUGGCCUCCCCAACAACUACCGCUAUAGCCACAGCGAUGUCGGCAAUGAUGGCCGACAGUAAAAUGACAACUCGCUUCGUGUUCAUCGGCGUACAUGCCCUCAUCUCCAAGGGGGAUUUCAUGAGCCUGGACGGUGUGCCACUAGCCAACCUCUCUAUCAGAUGGCGGGAAUGGGAGCCCAACAAUGUGAAAAACAACGAAGACUGCGUAACUAUUGACGGCGCUGGUGAGGCUAAUGACGUCAGCUGCGACUCGCCCCAUCCGUACUUCUGCCGAAAGGAGACCGCGAAGAUGACCGUCAACAAAUGUGGCACUACUGCUGAUGGUUACAAAUUGGAGCCCCGAACUGGUAGCUGUUACAAGCUCCACCGGUUGGCAAGAAACUGGCAUCGAGCAGCCAUGGCAUGCCACGCCGAGGAGGCUCAUCUCGCUGUCAUCAACAGUAACUUGGAGUCCCAAGUGCUGAAGGAAAUCUUUGCUGCGGUUCCUAAUAACGUUAUCAAGAGUGGCGACCCAAACUUUGCUUUUGUCGGCGUGUGGGAUUGGAACGAACAUGGAGAGUGGCUGACAGUGUUCGGUGAGUCACUGCCGGAAGCAGGCUUCGACGGCUGGAGUCCUAACGAGCCGAACAACGCUGGUGGGCAGGAGUUCUGCGGGUCCAUCAAGCGCGACGGUCUUCUCAACGACUAUCCCUGCCUCAUCAGGCUACCCUUUAUAUGCGAGAUCACUCCCAAGUAGAUUUUGACACGACCAGUGGCCCGUUUCUCGAAAGGUACAAGCCUCGUAUUACAAGUGUGUUUCCAUGGAAACCCAUACGAUUUGACAGUUCGCGCACUUGUAAUAUAUGGCUUGUACCUUUCGAGAAACGGGCCC